AACAUCUCAAUUGAAUUGAAAUUUAAACGAAUGUUCACAAAACUACAACAACAACAAUAACAACAACACUCGUACGCAUGCAACAAAUGAUCUCGAAAUCAAAACAGAACUCCACGUUAAAGCAAGAAACGCGCGAAAAUGUCGAACUUCAAUUAAAGUAAAGCAAGAAAAACGACGAACAAACAACAACAAAACAACAAAAAUUGCAACAACUCAAAGCGAAAUUGACAAACCAAAAACCAACAAUUAACAUUGCCAAAAACGAACAAGAAUUGCAGCAUUUUUUAAACACACGAAUAAGUGAAAAAUACAACAACAACAACUACAACGCAUAUGAUAGCAUUCGUAUUGACAACGACGUUUAGUCAGUAAAGCCCCAAAAAAAACAAAAAAAAAAAACACGAAUAAAAAGCUAAAUAAUAACGGGACAAAUCAAAUUGCAACCGUGCUUUUGCUGACGGCAACACGGUGGUGAAAGCAUUUAAACGCAGUGCGCUCGCGUAUAAUCAAAUUUGGUGCAACAAAAAACUAUUCAAAACUUAACUUAGCAAAGUGACUUUUUCAUUACUCAACGCCUUUUUGUUGUUGUUGUUGCAUAAAAUAGAGUGCCGCAGCAUUGCGAGCUGGCGGUUAAGCCAAUUUUUUUAUAACAUAAAGCAAGGCGCGUGAGCGAGUGAGCGAAGCAGCGGCCGGCCGGCUAAGCGCAUUGAUUGUGGCAAGUGGCCCGUGGCCAGUGGCAAGUAGCAAGCGACGAGUGGCAAGCAGACGCAAGCAAAAUGGGCAAUAAAUGUUGCAGCAAACGACAGGAUCAGGAGCUGGCACUUGCCUACCCGAGUGGCUAUAAAAAAUCAGACUACACAUUCGGCCAGACGCAUAUAAAUAAUAGCGGGCAAAAGCAUAACAAUGGCGGCUCGCUGGACUCCCGUUACACGCCAGAUCCGAAUCGUGGGCCGCUCAAAAUUGGCGCCAAGGGCGGCGCAGACAUAAUACGCCCGCGUACAACGCCAACUGGCGUUCAAGGUGGUCUGCCCAAGCGGCGUGUCGUUGUCGCCCUAUAUGAUUACAAGUCGCGCGAUGAGUCUGACUUGAGCUUCAUGAAGGGCGACCGGAUGGAAGUAAUCGACGACACCGAGUCCGAUUGGUGGCGUGUAGUCAAUUUGAGCACACGCCAGGAGGGUUUGAUACCCCUAAACUUUGUCGCCGAGGAGCGCAGCGUGAACAGUGAAGAUUGGUUCUUUGAAAAUGUGCUACGCAAAGAGGCCGAUAAGCUUUUGUUGGCCGAGGAGAAUCCGCGCGGUACAUUCCUGGUGCGUCCGUCGGAACACAAUCCCAACGGAUAUUCGUUGUCGGUGAAGGAUUGGGAGGAUGGCCGUGGCUACCAUGUGAAACAUUAUCGCAUCAAGCCGCUCGACAAUGGUGGCUACUACAUUGCCACAAAUCAGACUUUCCCCUCGUUGCAGGCGCUGGUGAUGGCCUACAGUAAAAAUGCACUUGGCCUUUGCCACAUACUGUCGCGUCCGUGUCCGAAGCCACAGCCGCAAAUGUGGGACCUGGGACCGGAAUUGCGUGACAAGUACGAGAUACCGCGUUCCGAAAUUCAAUUGAUACGCAAAUUGGGACGCGGCAACUUCGGUGAGGUGUUCUACGGCAAGUGGCGCAACAAUAUCGACGUCGCCGUGAAAACGCUGCGCGAAGGCACCAUGUCGACGCAGGCGUUCCUGCAAGAGGCCGCCAUUAUGAAGAAGUUCCGCCACAAUCGGCUGGUGGCAUUGUAUGCCGUCUGCUCGCAGGAGGAGCCCAUCUACAUUGUGCAGGAGUACAUGUCCAAAGGCAGCUUGUUGGACUUUCUACGCGAAGGCGACGGCCGCUAUUUACACUUUGAAGAUCUUAUCUACAUAGCCACGCAGGUGGCAUCCGGCAUGGAAUAUCUCGAAUCAAAACAACUGAUACAUCGUGAUCUGGCCGCACGCAAUGUGCUGAUCGGCGAGAAUAAUGUUGCCAAAAUUUGUGAUUUCGGUUUGGCGCGCGUUAUCGCCGACGAUGAAUACUGCCCCAAACAGGGAUCACGCUUCCCUGUCAAAUGGACUGCACCCGAGGCGAUAAUCUAUGGCAAAUUUUCAAUCAAAUCCGAUGUCUGGUCUUAUGGUAUCCUACUAAUGGAACUCUUCACCUACGGACAAGUGCCAUAUCCGGGCAUGCAUAGUCGAGAAGUCAUUGAGAAUAUCGAACGUGGCUUCCGCAUGCCAAAACCAACUAAUCACUAUUUCCCCGAUAAUAUUUAUCAUCUACUAUUACAAUGUUGGGAUGCGGUGCCGGAGAAGCGGCCAACAUUCGAAUUCUUGAAUCACUACUUCGAAUCGUUCACCGUGACGUCGGAGGUGCCCUAUCGGGAGGUGCAGGAUUAAGUAGCGUAGCACUCGAAAUGCCGCGAGUGGUACAGCGUUAUUGCCAGUGCGAUAUACAUACAUACAUACACAUACAUAUAUACAAACAUACAUAAAUUAACUAGAUUUAAUUGUAAGCCUUUUUAAUUCAAUUGAGAAGUGAGUCGUCAAACAAAAACAAAAAAAAGUAUCUACAUUAAAGAAAACAAAAAUAAGCAACUUUUCAAUGACAAAAGUUGCAAUUGCUGCAGCGUAAACGCCAAGCAGCAGCAUCAAGGUGCACACGCAAUCGUUUGGCGCUGCCAUGUAUGGGGCCAGUGGGAUGUACCAAUUGAAGAAUAAGAAUUUUUACAUUCGCAAAGAAACUGCUACAUACUAAAAGCUACUCUACAUUAUAUACAUACAUAACACAUAGUACGCGUAUGAUAUAUGCGUACGUUUAUGAUAGUAUAAAACAAAAAAAAAAAAAAACAAAAAGGAAGAAAAAAAUAUUUUACACUUGAUAAGCGAAAUCUUUUAUAAUUUAUAUAGAGGUAUUUAUGUAAUUUUAAGCUUAUGGCAAAUGAAUUGUGCUAUAUAAAAGAAGCAUUUAACAAAUACAAAAACAACCACAACAAUAAAAUAUCUAAUAGUCAGUCAAUAGCAAGAAAAACGAAUGAAGAAACCGUUAAAAUCUUGCAAAAAAAAAAAA